AUGUCUUCAGUUGAUGUACUGUUAACAGUCGGUAAGCUAGACGCCUCAUUGGCGUUGCUAACCACUCAGGAUCAUCAUGUUAUUGAGUUCCCUACUGUAUUAUUACCAGAGAAUGUUAAGGCUGGAUCUAUCAUCAAAAUGCAAGUGUCCCAAAAUUUGGAGGAAGAACGAAAACAGAGGAAUCAUUUUAAGAGCAUUCAAGCUAAAAUCUUAGAGAAAUACGGUACUCACAAACCGGAAAACCCGGUCUUGAAAAUUGUGAAUGUCACGCAGACAAGUUGCGUCCUGGCAUGGGAACCAUUGAAACUUGGUUCAGCAAAAUUGAAAUCUCUAAUUCUAUAUAGGAAGGGUAUACGUUCGAUGGUCAUUCCAAACCCAUUUAAAGUGACUACUACAAAAAUAUCUGGUCUUUCUGUUGAUACACCAUAUGAAUUCCAACUGAAGCUACUAACCACAUCAGGAACGUUGUGGUCUGAAAAGAUUAUCCUUCGUACCCAUAAAAUGACCGAUAUGUCUGGUAUUACUGUAUGUUUAGGACCAUUAGACCCAUUGAAAGAAAUUUCAGGUUCACAGGUAUCCCAAUGUUUGUCUCACAUUGGAGCAAGACCUUUACAACGUCACGUUGCCAUAGAUACUACCCAUUUUGUGUGUAAUGAUUUGGACAAUGAAGAAAGCGAUGAAGAACUGAUGAAGGCGAAGCACAAUAACAUACCAAUUGUCAGACCGGAAUGGGUGAGAGCUUGUGAAGUUGAGAAAAGAAUAGUCGGUGUCAGAGGCUUUUACUUGGAUGCAGACCAAAGUAUACUGAAAAGUUAUAUAUUCCCACCAAUAAAUGAAGAAGAAGUCUCGAAUUCAAAAGAGAAUGAAACCGUACCUGAAGACAUUAAAGGUGUUGAACGGAUUGAAUCGCAUAAUGAUGAUGAGGACGAAUCCUCGCAAACUGAGGAACAGGAAAAAAAAAGUAAAAGUGCAGCUGCUCAAGGAAUCCCUGAGGAAGGCACGUUGCAUACUUCGGCUCCUCACGAGAAUGACAUUAUCACUGAAACUGUCAAUCCAUCUGUAAAAAGUUUGAAAAGUGAACCUGUUGGUACUCCAACUAUUGAAGAAAACGAAGUGGGCUCUUCGACAGGCGACGUGAGUGAAGCACAAAAAGAAACAGCGGCCCAACCCUCUGCUGACGAAGAAACUGUAGAACCCAAGGAUGAGGAAAACGAAGUGGGCUCUUCUACAGGUGACGUGAGUGAAGCACAAAAAGAAACAGCGGCCCAACCCUCUGCUAACGAGGAAACUAUAGAGCAGAAAGCGGAGGAUUUCAAUGUGCAUGUUAACAAGCCAGCUAUUAGUGGGUUUGCUGGAACUGAAGAAGGGAGCGAAAAUGUACAGAAGGACGAAGGCAACGUAGAUACAAAACUAGUAAGGGAAAAGAGCGAGACCGCCGAAGAUUCUGUCAUUGAGCCUGAGUGUACAGAAAUUGAACCUGAAACUUCGGAUUCAAAUAAUCUUGCGGAAGGACCUAGUGAAGCUAGUAAAAGAACUGCUUCUCCAAAUCAGCAAGAAGAAAAUACAGUAUUUGAACCAUCUAAUGAAAUUGAACCGAUAGAGCUAGAGCUUACUGUUCCAGAGACACAACACGACGUCAGUGAUGUUUCCAAACGAGCUAAUUCGGACGAAAACAUUCCUAACUUAAAAGCCGAAGUUUCUGCCCCUAUUGAGGAAAGUGAAUUUACAGAAGACCAAGAGAAAACGGAAGCUGACGUAGUUGUCGACGAUGUUUUGCUCACUGGUGAACUCAAAAAAAACAACGGCAACAGCAAUAACAAUAAUAAGAAGAAAAACAAGAAAAACAAGAAAAAGGGGAAGAAGAAAUGA